GCACUGGACAAUCCCCACUAUGUCGACAUGCUUUCUUACAAGAAGUUAUUUAGAUACAAAUUUCUCUGCUAAAGUGGUGUUGUGAUUCUGAAGCAGUGUGUUAUAGUUACGUUGAAGGGACUACAUCACAACGACGAUGUUACAUCUGACAAUAGUUCCGUUAGUCAUCAUGGCUCAUUUAAUUCACGGUUUUCCGAAAACCGUAGAGACGGAAUUACCCAAUUAUCCCAGACAAGUCCACUCUCGAGGAUUCAACCAAAAAUCUCCUUCUCCCUUCACUUCACAAGUCGAAUAUGAAGAUACGCGUCCAUCUGCUACUCAAGAACAACCCGCAAAUUACCCUUUUGUUUACCAGAAUGCAAUUCCGGUUAAACAGAAAGUCCAGCAGGUAGUUCGAGGUAACAGAAACGGACCACAACAAUUUGCCAAUCAAAAAGACGGACUCAGAGAGAAAAACCCAAAACAAUUGGAAGAAGAGGAAAUCGAGGAACCGGACAGGUUAAGUCUCUUGUUGCCAAAUUCAAAAUUUGUGUGUGAUGGUAAAAAUACUGGAUAUUAUGCUGAUGAGGAUUUAGGAUGCGAGGUGUUCCACUAUUGCCAAGACAACGCCAAACAUUCGUGGAUAUGCCCCGAAGGGUUUACUUUCCAUCAAGUCCAUCUUAUUUGCAUGCCUCCAGGUGGUGACAAUAUUUGUGAAAAGUCGUCACAAUUUCAUUUUGUUAAUGACUACCUUUACAAACCCGUUAAUUUAGAAGAAUAUCAACAAAAACCCAACGUAUCUUUAAGAUACUCUGAAAGGUUUUAUCCUGAAAACUAUUACCAAGAGCGGGAAAAUGAUCAAGAAAAUCGUCAGCCUAAUCACCACAGAAACUCUGUGAGGGUCCAACAGGAAGAACCUGAACAAGUACACCGACCCACAUUUAGACCCGAACCUUCUCUAAGUCAAGUAUUUAGGUCUCCAAAUGAAGUAAAUAUACCUCUCCAACAGAGAAGACCGCAGUAUUUAACACAGCGGUUUUUUUCCCAAAAAUAAGUGACUUAAUUUUAAAGUUAUUACGUUAGAUAUUUAUCAAAAAUGAGAACAAGCCUGAAAUAUACGAGUAGCGUAUAUCAUUUGAAAUUGUAAUUAAUGUUGCGAUCAGACUUUGUAAUGAUGUUUGUUUAAUUGAGUAAUAAAAUUUAAAAUAAA